AUGCCUUCAGGUGUUGUCGGNCCCCCCGCCGCUGCCGCCACCGACACCACCACCACCAACAAAAACCUGAGCAUAGUUUGGUUCAGGAGAGAUCUGAGGGUUGAAGACAACCCGGCUCUCUCAGCUGGAGUCAGGUCAGGCUCAGUGCUUGCGGUCUUCAUCUGGGCUCCAGAGGAAGAGGGCCACUAUUAUCCUGGGAGAGUCUCCAGGUGGUGGCUCAGCCAGAGCCUGGCCCACCUUGAUUCCUCUUUGAGGAGCCUUGGGGCUCCUCUUGUAACCAGGAGGUCCUUUGACUCUGUUUCUACGCUUGCCCAGAUUAUUCAGUCCACUGGUGCUCGUAGCCUCUUCUUCAAUCACCUCUAUGAUCCUUUGUCCCUUGUCAGGGACCAUCGUCUGAAGGAAAUUCUCACUGCUCAAGGAGUAAAUGUUCGUUCUUUCAAUGCUGAUUUACUCUAUGAACCUUGGGAAGUUAACGACGAGAAUGGUUGCGCUUUUACUACUUUUGCACCAUUCUGGAAUAAAUGUCUCAGUAUGCCUUAUGAUCCUGCAGCACCCAUGUUGCCUCCUAAAAGAAUAUCAUCAGGUGACGUAUCAAGGUGCCCUGCAGAUACACUUGUUUUCGAAGAUGAGUCUGAGAGAGGAAGUAAUGCGCUCCUUGCUCGAUCUUGGUCGCCAGGCUGGCGAAAUGCUGACAGGGCGCUGACAGCCUUUAUCAACGGACCAUUGAUUGAUUACUCCAUUAACCGAAAGAAAGCCGAUGGUGCAACGACAUCUCUCCUUUCACCCCAUUUACAUUUUGGAGAACUCAGCGUUCGGAAAGUGUUCCACCUUGUUCGAAUCAAGCAACUAGUUUGGGCUAAUGAAGGAAACAAAGAAGGCGAAGAGAGUGUCAAUUUAUUCCUCAAAUCCAUCGGUCUUCGUGAGUACUCAAGGUAUCUGAGCUUCAACCAUCCUUGUAGUCAUGAGAGGCCACUUCUUGCACAUCUUAGGUAUUUUCCAUGGGUGGUUGACGAGGGUUAUUUUAAAGCUUGGAGACAAGGAAGGACGGGAUAUCCACUAGUGGAUGCAGGUAUGAGAGAGCUAUGGGCAACUGGUUGGUUGCAUGAUAGGAUUCGGGUGGUGGUGUCAAGCUUCUUUGUGAAAGUACUGCAGCUUCCGUGGAGAUGGGGAAUGAAGUACUUUUGGGAUACACUUUUGGAUGCUGAUCUUGAAAGUGAUGCCCUGGGUUGGCAGUAUAUAUCUGGCACUCUUCCUGAUGGUCGUGAUUUUGAUCGCAUUGAUAACCCUCAGCUUGAAGGCUACAAGUUUGACCCAAAUGGAGAGUAUGUACGCCGUUGGCUUCCUGAACUUGCUCGGUUACCCACUAGCUGGAUACACCACCCAUGGGCUGCACCUGAAACUGUACUACGUGCUGCGGGAAUUGAACUUGGCUCCAAUUACCCUCUCCCCAUUGUAGAAAUCUCUGCUGCAAAAGCCAGAUUACAAGAAGCUCUCACUGAAAUGUGGCAACUAGAAGCAGCAUCAAGAGCUGCAAUGGAGAAUGGAACCGAAGAAGGCCUUGGAGAUUCCUCCGAGAUACCUCUUAUCGACUUCCCUCAAGACCUACAGAUGGAAGUAGACCAUGAACCUGUUCGUAUAAACAGUAACAAUCUGAAUGCUGAUCGAAGACAUGAAGAUCAGAUGGUUCCUAGUAUGACUGCUUCAUUAGUUAGAGUCGAAGAAGAAGUCUCUGUGGAUGUGGGAAAUAGUGCAGAAGUUAGCAGAGGAGAAGUACCAGUAAAUGUAAAUUUUACUCCAGUGGCUCAAGGAGAAGCAAUGGACCAGGGUGGGACCCAACCGGAUGCAAUAGAGUCAACGGCAGAGUCAUCUAGUACUUGGUCGGAGAGAGACGGAGGGCUGGUCCCGGUUUGGUCUCCGCCUACGGUUUCUAGUCACUCGGAACAAUUUGUGGCAGAUGAUACUGGAACUGGGAGUGGUGGAUAUCUACAGAGGCAUCCACAAUCUCAUCAGCUGAUGAACUGGAGGCAGCUUUCACAGAGUGUAACAAGGAAUUGGGAGGUGGAGAAUGCCGUGCAGCCCAACGCUAUCGGUUAGAUUUCUCAAUGGAAGAAACAGCAACGUAAACUUCUCAUCCUUUUCUAUUAUAGCAUGGUCUAGUUUGUGCAGACAGUGAGAUCCUCGACUACCUCCUUGUAUCAUAUAUUUGUUGUAUAGAUGUUUCUUAUAAAUGCUUUAUUCAUAAGGUAAUUAAUUUUUUAUCUCAAA